AUGGGCUUCUCACACGUGGGCUUCUGCGUGCCCCAGCACAAAUUCGACGAGACCGUCUCCUUCUACCUCGCCGCCCUCCAGCCCCUCGGCUACAAGGAGAUGAUGCGCCCGGUAGACAACGCCGUCGGUCUCGGCGUAUACUAUCCAGACUUUUGGAUCACCGGCGUCAAGCCAGAAGCCGGAUCGGCCGACGGUGAAAAUGAGGGUGAUGAGCAGGAGACACAGCGAAAGCCGAUCCAUAUAGCUUUCAGCGCCAGUAAACGUGAACUCGUCCAUGCAUUUUAUGACGCGGCUCUGAAAUCUGGUGGGAAAUGCAACGGCGCGCCGGGCCUGAGACCGCAGUAUACACGGUUUUAUUACGGGUCCUUUGUGCUUGACCCGAUGGGCAAUAAUAUCGAGACAGUUUGCAUGUGGCCUGCUUGGACGCACUGGCGGUAUUGGUUCGGGAUGGGGGUAUUUAAGAAGAAGAAGACGGAGUGA